UGGAAGUGAAUGGGGGAAAUGGAAGUGAAUGUGGACAAUUUUUGGAGGAUUUAAACAAAGAAAUGUGAAGCUUAUAAUUUGAUAAAAGCACUUGCAUUAAUUCUUCUGUUAAAACUCAUGUAUUAUUUGAGCUUUAAAGUUGUUUAAAUAGUUAUUUUUACAGUGAUUUUAGGGUUUUAGGGUUUGUUGACAUUACAUUGUCAUGGCAAAGUUGUAACAUUGCUAUAACUUUACACAGAUGCGGUUAGUAAGUGAUUUUAUCACACUAAAAUCAUGUUAACAUGCAUAUUCUUUAUGACUUGUGGUUAUACUUUUGAAACAGUGAGUAUUUUAACAAAAAAAUUGGCCCUAUUCACUUCCAUUCGAUUUUUGCUUUUUUUUAAAGAAAAGGAGUGACGAGUCCAAAUGUACUUUUGUAGUAAUCAACAUUAUGCCACAAAUGCUGUCGAUUGAGCUUAACUUGUAUUGAACCCAGAAUAUUCCUUUAAGUACUUGUACUAUGUAAAAAGUGCAGUGUGUCUGUCUGAAUGUGACACUUGUCUGAUUUGCCUCCGUGCUCGUGGGGAAAUUGAACUUUCAGAAAACACCCCGAUUACAUUUUCACAUGUUGCGCAAAUGGAUCGGCUUCUUUCAGCUCGUUGUUGAAAAUGCAUUUUUGCAUUAUUUUGGGCAUUUGCGCUGACUGACAGGAUGACAUAGAGUUUGAGCGCUAAGCACAUGACGUCAUUGCCAUGGCAACCAGACACAGUUCAGCUGAUUUGCUGAUGACUAGAAUGAAUUUAUCGUCAAAUCAACGUGUGACACAACAAAAUUAAUUUUCUUCUCUGCAAACAAUACCAGAGACAAUAGCGAGACGGAGAAUGAGAUUUAAUUUAAGAAGAAAAAAAUCAGUGAACCUACCAAAAACCGGGAUUAUCCUGUGUAAUAAACCAGGACAUCUGGUCACCCAAUCUAUAAUUAAAUUAUAAACAAAACAUUUCGCUGCCCAAAAUAACUUCAUGUUUCUUUGUGCAUUUUAUUGUGGAAAAAACUGUAAAAGAACCUAUUUUAAGCAGCUCGUCAAUGUUUUAAUAUAGAAAAACAAUAAAUAGCAGCUGUUUAUCUGUUUAAAGUUGCAGUCUGCUUUAGCAAUAAAACAUUUUCCCCGACUGUUUAAAAAGUUACAGUUAAUUCAUCAAGGACCAGUUUAAGUUGACAACACUGCGUGGACCACAAGAGACUACAGAUGCCUACAUGUGUUGAUACGCCUAAAAAGACUUAAUAGCCCAAUAUUAAUCAUAUUUUUCAGAAUUUUUAUAUGUUGUUUUAAUAAACUGUGAGAGACAUGAUGUGGGUGACUUGACUUAAUGAAGUUCUUAACCAUGACGAAACCAAUGUGCAACCGAUGUGAGCACCGUCUUGGCGGCACAAAUGCUGCGUGCGAUUUUUCCAGUUGUCAGGUACCGUGUCGUGUGAAACUGCCUUGUUUAGUUUCUAUUACAUCGACUACAUACCCGUCUUUAUGUGUUCGUCGUGCCAGCCACCUCAGUAAUCACUGUUAUAUACUGUAGCAGUCUCUGUAGUAACAUUCAAGCUUAUUGGUUGACUGAGUGUGCCACGACAUCAGGGGGUGCUACAACUGAUUGCAGACAGAGUGUCUAUUUAUUUCUGUUUCAUUAUUUUUAUUUAUUUAUGUUGUUCAUUGCAUCACAAAUUAAAUGUCAUGGACUCGGCUGGACUCGGAAAAAAAUCCUGAGUCCCAAAGGCUCGAGUCCGAGUCAAGUCCGAGGAAAAAUGCAUCCGAGUCCGUGACAAGUCCAAGUCCGUUAAAAUUGGACUCAUGACUCGGACUCGAGUCCAAGUACAAACUUGAGUACCCCAACUCUACUGUUUAUUUUGCUGUACUUUUUAAGCAUGAUUGUAUGGUUAGCUGCAUUUAGUAUAUGUAUAUAUGGGGUUACCUCCCCCCAUCCCCCCUGGAAUCUACGCCCCUGUGCGAGACCCUAUCAGAACAGGCCUGCAACCCAGUAGUGGGUCAUGACCCACCAUUUAAGAACCACUGCUGUGCAUAGUUUAGUCAAAAAUAUUAAUUGACUUAUGAUGUUAUACUGGUUACAAUAGAAUGAGGUACAUUUCAGAAUUAUCUCUUUGCUAAGUGAUUUUGCAUUUAACUCAUGCCUUCUUUAAUACCCUACACUCAGUCUGUUCUAAGCAUCUGCAGGAUUCUGCAUGUCUUGGCAAAGAAUGACUGUGUGAGAGUUAUGCAAACCAUGCUUUUAUCUCUAGCCUCUGGAUGGAUAUUGUGCAAUUCCUAGCCCUGGGUUAUGUUUUUAUUAUUAUUAUUACUAUUAUUAUUUUCACAUUGCACACGCUGCUCUGUUUCUAUGUUAUAUUACCAAUCAAAAUCACUUGAAUGAAGCUGUACCAACCAAAAUGACAGGAAGAAAAUAUUACGGCACCCAAGUAACCAGCACUUUAUUAAGCAGCUUCAUGCAUAUUGCCUGAAAGAGGAUAAAUGAAAAUAAAUUGAAAGAUGGAUGACAUUGAUGCCAUGUUCAGCGAUAUGCUACAGGAGAUGGAUCUCCUGACACAGAGUUUGGGGGAAGAGUCAGAGACUUUGCCUAAACCUCCCUCCAUUCCUGUAACUCAGGAAAUGAACUUCUCCAUUGGUUUUGCAGAUUUUAAUGAGUCCCUGAAUGAUCUGGAGGACAAUGAUUUAGAUGCCCUGAUGGCUGACCUGGUGGCAGAUAUAAGUGCCACAGAGGAAAAGUUUGCCACAGAAAAAGAAAGCUCAAAGGGGCCUACUGAUUUUGCCCCACCACCCGUACAGCCUCAGAGUAACAUUUUCCUCCCUGCAUCCACUGAUGCUCCCAGACCUGCAACUUCCUCCACCUCCAUUUCAGCUCCACCUCCACCACCCACUGCCAAACCAUCAAAAGAAGAACUAGAGGAACAGAUCAAAGCAGAUAAAAUCAAACUCGCCUUGGAGAAGCUGAAGGAAGCCAAAGUAAAAAAGUUGGUUGUGAAGGUGGAGAUUACAGAUGGAAGCUCAAAAACUCUGAUGGUGGAUGAGAGACAAACAGUCAGAGAUGUGAUUGACAACCUGUUUGAGAAGACACACUGUGACUGCAAAGUGGACUGGAGUGUGUGUGAAACCAACCCUGACUUACAGACCGAACGAGGUUUUGAGGACCAUGAAAACCUGGUGGAACCUCUGUCUACAUGGCAGAGAGACAGUGAAAACAAACUGCUUUUUCAGGAGAAAAAUGACAAGUAUGAAGUCUUCAAAAACCCUCAGGUUUUUUAUUUAUGGAAAAAGGAUAAGAAAUCUCUUAAGGACAUGAAAGAAAAAGAUAAAGAGCAACUGCUGGAGGAGAACUUCUGUGGACCCUCCGUCAUUGUGCCUGACCUGGAGGGGGUUCUGCAUCUGAAGGAGGACGGGAAGAAAUCCUGGAAACAGCGUUACUUCCUGCUGCGGGCCUCUGGAUUGUAUUACUCUCCCAAAGGCAAGACCAAGGCAUCACGGGACCUUGUGUGCUUGGUGCAGUUUGACAAUGUGAACGUGUACUACUGCAAAGAAUAUAAAAUUAAAUACAAAGCACCGACAGACCACUGCUUUAUUCUCAAGCAUCCUCAAAUCCAAAAAGAAUCACAAUACAUCAAGUAUCUGUGUUGUGAUGACGAGUGGUCCAUGACCCUUUGGGUAACUGGGAUACGUGUCGCAAAGUAUGGUAAGCAGUUAUAUGAUAACUACAAGGCCGCUGUGAGGAAAGCCGCGGGUUCUGCAACCUGGACUAAUCGCACCAUCCAGGGAAGUCCAUCCAUAUCCAAUGCAUCAACACCAUCCCCCACACCUAAAGCUAAAGCUGCAAAUGGACACGUUUCUCAGCCCCCAAUGGAGACCAAGGGUUCAGGCAACCAAACAUUGUUUCCACCACCUCCAGCUUCAAUGGAAAACCUGCCGCCUCCGCCCCCAGACCCUGUGUUUCUUCCUCCACCCCCUCCUACUCUUCCCACCACAACCAAAGGUAACAAGUUCCCUCCUCCACCUCAGUUUCCACAGUCCUCCUUCCCUCCUCCACCCAUGGAUGACUUGCCCCCUCCACCACCUCCUCCAGAAGACGUUGAGCUCCCCCCUAACUUUCUGCCUCCUCCACCACCUAGUUUUGUAUCUUGUGGUGGAGGAUCUCUCCCUCCACCUCCUCCAGACCCUUUGUCCUACCUUGCACCCCCACCUCCACCCCUCCAAAACUUUGCAUCAGUGGGAGGAGGACCUCCACCUCCACCUCCACCUCCACCACCGGCUCCUGCAUCACCUGCUGCCAACCAUCCCCCUGGCUCCAUCAGGAAAGUGGCUCCACCUCCACCAAGGAGAAGUACAGCACAACUAUCAACGCCCUCUGGUGGCGACUUAAUGUCAGAACUGAUGUCAGCCAUGCAGAAAAAGCGCAGUCAACCAUGAACUUGAAAAGAGAUAUAGCUAAUUAACUUUGGCAGCCUCAUUCCAAUAAUAAAUAACCAAAGUUUUUUGGUGUGAAAAGUUCUGGAUGUGACAUACUUUUACUGUUGUUCAAGAUGUUUGUAUUACACCUCUAAACUAAAUAUGUGUAAAUAUGUUUUUUCUUACAUGUCCAGUUAGGUUAUAUACUAAAAAUAUAACACCAUUUCCUAACCAGGCGCUACACAACAAGUUUACCGCAAGGGAUUUUUUUGUCUGUCCACAAAAAAAGCAAGUAUGAUGCAUGAUGCGGCACAGCCCCAGCCAGUCAGAACAUACUGUAAAUCAUGUGUAAUAUGCAUUUAUGUGAUGCAGAAUUUUGUACCAAUGAGAUUUCAGAGUGGAUGGGGCUACCUUAGCGCAAAGCUGCAGAAAUAGGAACCAAGCGAUCAACGAACUAUUCGCAGCUGUCGUUUGUUGCGGCCAUGUCUGUUUAGGACAAAAACUCAGAUUAACAGCUUUUAUAAAGAGAAAGCUUUUAUCGUUUGUCACUUUAUCGUGUCGAGCCUGGCUACGCUGUAUCAUCAACAUUUUUUAGCACUGGUAAUGAAAUGUCAUGAAAAUAAAAUAAUUAAUUGUUUGA